GUUUCGUCUAAUUUGGACAGUCGUACGGCAACCGUCUGAAGAUGCAGCAAACUUUUGUGCUCCACAUUUUGUGCUCACUGCUGGCGCUUCUAGUGCUGGUCUCCGCCGCAGCGCAGCGCCCCAAAGUGAGGGCGGGCCUAACCGAGGAGCAGGAGAAUGACCAACAUCCGAGACUGCUGCCAUCACGCGACUUUGUGGCACUUGACGAGGAGCUGGAAACACGUUUCUGGCACGAUAAGGCCCAGACCAUACUGGCCGAUAAGCUGGCCACCCAUAAACAGUUGAACGAGAACCGUGCCAAGAAUGUGAUUAUGUUCCUGGGCGACGGCAUGUCGGUGCACACGAUUGCGGCCACACGUGCCUUCCUCGGGGAUAGCAACAAGCAGGUGUACUUCGAGAAGUUCCCCUACCUGGGCCUCUCCAAGACAUAUGCCGUGAACGAGCGCACCCCAGACUCGGCCACCACGGCCACGGCCUACCUGUCCGGCGUCAAGGCCAACUACGGCACCAUUGGCGUCAAUGCCCAGGUGGAGCGAGCCGAUUGUCUGCAUGGCGCCGAUGCCAGCACACACACCCAGAGCAUUGCCCAGUGGGCCCAGGAGGCGGGCAAGUGGGCGGGACUGGUGACCACGGCACGCGUCACGCAUGCCUCCCCGGCUGGCGUCUACGCGCACACCGCAGAGCGCAACUGGGAGCACGACGGUCUGAUCACCGAUUCUGGCUGCAGCACCGAGCUGAACACGGACAUUGCCCGCCAGCUGGUGGAGUGGAACGUGGGCCGGGAUCUGCGUGUGAUCAUGGGCGGCGGUCGAUCCUAUUUCCGGGAUCAGAUGAUGCACGACGAGGAGGGCAAUUGGGGACUGCGCAACGAUGGUCGGGAUCUGAUCAAGGACUGGCAGGAGGACAAGGCCAAUCUCGGCGCCAAGGGCAAGUAUGUGUGGUCGCUGAAGGGCCUCCAGGAGACGGAUCUCAAUCAGACGGACUAUCUGCUGGGUCUCUUCGAUGCCUCCCAUCUGCCCUACCAUGGCGAUCGGCAGCGCUCGCACUUGGAGUACGCGGAGCCCUCGCUCUCCGACAUGACGGAGUCGGCCAUCAAGCUGCUGAGUCGCAACGAUCAGGGCUACUUCCUGUUCGUGGAGAGCGGCCGCAUCGAUAUGGCCCACCAUGCCACGCUGGCCCACAAGGCGCUGGAGGAAACCGAGCAGUUUGCUGCGGCCGUGAAGCUGGCCAGGGAUCUAACCGACGAGGAGGACACUCUGAUUGUGGUCACAUCGGAUCACUCGCACACCAUGUCCAUCAAUGGCUAUCCCUAUCGCCGCCAGAACAUCUUUUCGUUGGCACCCAAUGUAGCGGAUGACGAGCUGCCCUUCACCAUUCUCUCGUAUGCCAAUGGCCCUGGCAACACAGAGAACACCUACAGCAAUGCCGCGGGACGCCUGGAUCUCUCCCAUGUGGACACAACGGCGCCGGAAUUCCGCUUCCAGGCCACAGUGCCGCUGACCAGCGAGACCCAUGGCGCCGAGGAUGUGGGCGUCUUUGCCUCUGGCCCCUUCGAGCACCUGUUCACUGGCAACUACGAGCAGAGCAGCAUUCCAGCCAUGAUGGCAUUUGCCGCCAACAUGGGUCCCUUUUCCGAGGAUAAACUCAAUGAGUAAUUGCAAAAUAAAGUCUGAUUAUAGAAAGCAAAAGCAAAAUAAAUAUAAAUAAAUCUUAGUUUAAAAAGCGUCCAAAUAGGAGUAAGGAAUAUAAAUAAAUAAUUAAUGGCAA